UUAAAAUUGUCAACAUUUCUACAAUUAAAAAAGAAAGAAAAUGUAAUCAUAAUUACAUCACUUUUGUUUAAUAUUUUCGUUAUUUCGCUAUACCAUACAAAAUGAUCAUCUCUGAUUUCAUGUUUAUUUAUUUAUUUAUCCUAUUAUUAAUGGUGAAUCUUAGUCAAACACUGCUUGGUAUCUGGUCAUUGAUCAUCUAUACUCUAGUCAUUAUUUUUGCCUUUGUUUCGAUAAAAAUAUUCGCCCAUGUUAACAAUGAGAUAAUCGGUCUUUGGAAACGACCUUGUGUUGAAAAUCUUUGUGAAAAUUGGCUUGAUGAAAAUUAUUUCUCUAAAAGUAUAACCAAUGAUGAAAUGAACAUUUGUCUUGAGUGUGGUGAAAAAAAUUGUAAUCAACAUGAUCAAGGAUUGUUCAUAUAUGAACAACCAUGGAAACAUUUGUUGAUCGAUGAAAAUUUGAAUACAAAACUAGAAGAUUUAUUUGAAUUUUUAUUGGAAAAAUAUACAUCACCAUGGUUAAUGAAUAUUUCAUACAAUCCUCGUUCGAUUCUGCUUCAAUUCAAGCAAUUGAUUCGCCUGGUUGCAUCUUCUUUGAUAAUACGGGUGAAAAAUCAUAUCAAUCUUGAUGAAAUCAUAAUGAAUAAAUUGCCAGGACAUUUAAUACAGCAUUUGGAAAUGUAUAUUCAUGGAAAACGAAAUGCACGUUCUGCUCAUUUCCUUGAAGAAUGUGUUCUCAAACAAUACGGUUCCAUUGUACAUCCUGCCGUGAUAAACUAUGAAAAUGAGCUCAAAUAUUUUAAAUCAAUAGCCAAUUUAAUUAUGCAUACAACAUUGCCACCAAAAUAUAUCCAAUGUGACAUAUCAAAAUCAUUUUUAAAUGAAUUUAUUGCAUGUUGCAUUAUUAAUCCACUAGUUGAUAUAUUAAGUGAUCCGGAUAAAAUAAACAUCAUUUUCAUUUAUUUACUCGACGAUAGAAAUAAGAAUUAUGUUCAUGAGAAGGUCAAUAUGAAGACUACUGUUAACUCUAAAAUUCAUUUUUUGCAUCGAUUCCGUAAUGAUUGUGAUUGUGAAAUCCUAAUUAAUGAUAUUGGAGAGAAAAUGCCAAAGAAUCUUUUCGGUGUUCGAUUGAAACAAAUUUUUCAAAAUGAACAUUUGCUAUUUUUAUUCACAAGAUUUGCACGUGAAGAAAAUUUUCUCAAUUAUCUGCAAUUCUCUAUGCAUAUGGAUUCAUUUUUGGCUUUGAUCAUAAAUCCUGAGCUACGUUCAGAUCAAUUAAAAAAAUUACAUUUAAAUCUUAAAUCAAUUUAUGAUCUAUAUUUUCGUCGUGAGAGCCGAGAUUUCAUAGACUUUGAUGAUGAUACAAUUUAUGAAGGAUUUCACAAUGUAAUUGAAGAUAGUUACGAAAAUGUGGAUCAAUUCCGUAAUUGUAAAUCUUUGUAUGAAGCAUAUGAAUUUGUUAAUAAUGUUUUAGAUCGUAAUGCACAGAGAUUUUUUCAGACCGAAUCAUACAUGGAAUUGAUUUGUGGACAUCUCAACAUUGAUUCGAAUAGCGAGCAUCUUGAUUUAUCCAAUAAAAAAAAUGAAUUCGAUAGUUCGAUGAUGCUACAGAAUGUUAUCGAUAAUCAAAACAUGCAUUAUCAUGGCAAUAAUUUUGAAUCAAUCGAUGAGAUGAACAACGACAAUGACGAUACAGAAUCAUUUUCAGAAGAUUUAACUAAUUGGCGUGUGACCAUACCUCAUAUUUCUGUACAUUUCGAUGAUAUAACAAAUCGUGAAAAUUAUUAUUUUGAAAUUCAUGUACAAAAACUUCAUUCUGCUAACGAUGUAGAUGAAUCGUCCACAUUGAUGAUCAAUGAAAGACAAUUCAAUGAAUUUUAUACGUUAGAAUCAAAAUUAAAAGAAUUUCAUGGUGAAGAAAUCGACGCCAUCAGUUUGCCACCACGUCGAACAUUUGUUCGAAUAACUAAACAAUUGUUAGAAACACAUCGAGAAAAAUUUGAAAAAUUUUUGCAACAACUUUUAUCAAAUGAAUCGAUGAAACGUAGCCGAUUAUUUUAUAAUUUUUUAAAUUCACCCAAAGAUACAUUUGCUGUUAAUUUUAAUCUAACCAAAAUGAUUCGUAAUGUACCGUCAAAAUUUUCGAAAGAAAAAGGGCAACAUUUGUAUUCAUUUUUGAAAAAUUUUAUUAAUUCAUGUGAAAAAGAUCCAGUCACAUCAAAUGGUCAACAACAAAGUCCAAAAAAACAACAAACAAAAAAUUCAAAAAAUAGCAAUAAUCAAAUCAAUAAUAAAAGACGAAAAAGUUUUAUUGUUAAAUGGCCAGAAAUAGUAUUGACCGAUAAUGAUGACAAUCAUUAUGACAAUAAACAUCAUGUUUCAUUCAAAUUUCUAUAUGAUUAUAUUCUAACAAUACUGAUACGUUUUUAUUCAUUAUCGAAUAGAUUGAAAUUUAUUUUCUUUCUGUUUCGGCCAAUAUUUCGUCAUACUUUGCAAGGUUUUUGUCAUUAUCAACUGCGAAAAAAAUUAAAACAAACAUUCACUGCAAUAAAUAUUGCCACAAUGAUUGAUCAUUUAAAAGAAUCUUUAAAAUAUGAUGAAUCUAAUCAUGAUGAUGAUCGAAAUAAUGAUUACAUCAAUAAUCACUAUAGAAAAAUCAAUUUUCCAAUGAAUCUAACUAAGAAUCAACGAUCCGAAUUGGUGUUAAAAUUAUUGAAAAAUUUCAUACCAAAAUGGUUACUGGAAUUAUUUGUUGAUAAUGAAAAACAUGAAGAAAUUGUUUUCAUUAUUUUUUCAUUGUUACAGUAUCGAUUAUUAAAUAAACAAUUAUUAUAUCUGAUAAUAGAUUUAUUGUUGAAUGAAAUGUAUCCCGAAAAUUUACUGAAAACCAUCGAAUAUCAUCAUUUUUAUAAAAAAUAA